AUGGCUCCGUAUGAAGCCUUAUAUGGAAGGAAGUGUCGUACACCCUUGCAUUGGGACGAGGUCGGUGAGAGGGCAGUGUUGGGUCCGGAUAUAGUAAACCAUACUGUGGAUUUGGUGGUCAAGAUCCGAGAUAGAAUGCAGGCAGCUCAAAGCCGUCAAAAGAGUUAUGCUGACUUGAGAAGAAGAGACCUGGAAUUUGCGGUGGGGGACCAUGUAUUUCUCAGGGUGUCUCCACUGAAGGGGGUGCUGAGGUUCGGGAAGAAGGGGAAACUCAGUCCGAGGUAUAUUGGACCAUUCGAAGUAUUGGAUCAGGUUGGGACCCGAGCAUACCGACUUGCCCUACCACCUAACUUGUCGGGGGUUCAUAAUGUGUUCCAUGUAUCCAUGCUUAGAAGGUACCUUUCUAACCCUUCUCAUAUAAUUAGGCAUGAAACAGUGCAGUGGACGCCAGAUCUAUCCUACGAAGAACGACCAAAACAAAUUUUGGAUCGGCAAAUCCGGAAUCUAAGGAACAAGGAGAUCAAGAUGGUGAAGGUGCUAUGGGGAAAUCAGACGAUAGAGGAGGCCACCUGGGAAACCGAACCAGAUAUGCGUAAUCGCUAUCCAGAAUUAUUUGGUGAGGAUGUGUCGCCGGACACGGUGGAGGACCUACGGAUGGAGUAG